CAAUCAAUUAAUCCAUCGAUUUAAUACCAAAUUUAGGAGUUAUAUCAUUUAGGAAUUAGGAUUCCAAUAAGCCUCCGAAUAGUAAAAAAUAAAUCCCCAAAAAACGAUUUACAAAUGCCCAUAAUGGAAAUUGGAAUUUGCAAUUAAAGCAUAUACAGAAUUUUUUUGUAGAAAUUGAGUGUAUAAUACAAAAAAACACAACCCACAAACCCACUUGUGAUUAUGAAGUUGGGAGCCCACAGGAUAGCCAGUGUUAUUUUUCCCAAUUAUAUAAACAUCUCUCUCUCUUUUCAAUUUCCAUAGCACCAAAAACUAGAUAAAAAAGAGAAAGAAAAAAACUGAAGCAGACAUCAAUGGCGGCUGUGAGAAGCUUGAUGAAGAGAAGAUCCAAUUUCUGUGGUUGCAAGCAGAAGCUCUUCUCCAGCGGCGCCAGCCCUUUGGAAGAUUCCCCUUCGUUUCUUCAGAGGCUGAGAGAUCUGCCUAAAGAUCUCCCCGGUACCAACAUCAAGAAAGAAGUCUCUCAGCUGAUUGGUAGAACGCCAUUGGUGUAUCUAAACAAAGUUACAGAAGGGUGUGGUGCAUAUGUGGCCGUUAAGCAAGAAAUGAUGCAGCCAACUGCAAGCAUCAAAGAUAGACCAGCAAUAGCCAUGAUGACAGAUGCUGAGGAAAAGGGUCUCAUCACCCCAGGAAAGACGACGUUGAUUGAGCCGACGUCGGGAAACAUGGGGAUCAGCCUGGCCUUCAUGGCUGCAAUGAAAGGCUACAAAAUGGUGCUAACAAUGCCAUCAUACACUAGCUUGGAAAGAAGAGUGAGUAUGAGAGCAUUUGGGGCAGAGUUGAUCCUCACUGAUCCAACUAAGGGAAUGGGAGGCACAGUGAAGAAAGCCCACCAGCUUCUGGAUUCCACCCCAGAUGCCUUCAUGCUUCAGCAGUUCAACAAUCCGGCCAACACGAAGGUGCAUUUCGAGACGACGGGCCCGGAGAUAUGGGAAGACACCAACGGGAAAGUCGACAUCUUCAUGAUGGGGAUAGGGAGCGGAGGCACCGUCUCCGGCGUAGGCCAGUAUCUAAAAUCCAAGAAUCCGGGUGUGAAGAUUUAUGGGCUCGAGCCGGAGGAGAGCCCCAUUCUCAAUGGCGGGAAGCCAGGCCCUCAUCACAUCACGGGGAAUGGAGUCGGAUUCAAACCCGACAUCUUGGAUAUGGACGUGAUGGAUGAAGUUCUAAUGGUUUCCAGUGAAGAUGCUGUCAAAAUGGCUAGAGAAUUGGCACUCAAGGAAGGGCUAUAUGUUGGGAUAUCGUCCGGUGCUAACACGGUGGCCGCCCUUCGUCUCGCUAGGAGACCCGAAAACAAGGGGAAACUCAUCGUGACAAUCCAUCCGAGCUUUGGAGAGCGAUACCUGUCGUCCGUGCUGUUCGAGGAGCUCAGGAAAGAAGCAGAAAACAUGCAGCCAGUUUCAGUUGAUUAAGGAUGAUAAUGCAUGCUUAGCAUAUGCACUUGAAAAAAAAAACAAAACAGAUGUUUGAAUGCUUCUACUUGGUUGGAGAAGCAUGUUACCUUCAUUUAAAUUAAAUGUAAUAUAAUUUCACAAAUAUGUGUAUGUCAAAACAAUUAACUACUUUAAUUGUAGCGGCAAGGUCAAUCACAUUGAGAUGAUUCAAUCU